AUGUUUCGGGCUACUCAAAAAUUCACUCCAUCAUAUUUACCUCUGUACAGAUUGCAUUCUCCCUCAACUGCAUAUUACUCAACUAUCAAACCUAAUUUAAAACUUUUACAACAAUUACGACAAGAAACUCAAGUCAAUAUUUCAAAAGCAAAAGAAGCGUUACUAAAGCAUAAUAAUGAUUAUGAUACAGCAUUAUCAUGGAUUUUAGAAGACGCUAAAACCAGUGGAUUUGCCAAAGCUGAAAAACUUAAAGGAAGGAUAGCUAAAGAGGGAUUGGUUGGAGUUGCAUUGACAAAGGGGUUCGAAGGGAGGACUGAAGCUAAAGGAACUGGCAUGGGAGAUACGAGAGGCGCAAUCGUUGAGGUAAAUUGCGAAACUGACUUCGUUUCACGCAACACCCUUUUCCAACAAUUCGUAACUCAAGUCGCAUCCACAUCUCUUUUACUAUCUUCAGAUGCUACAUCUAUUUCUUCAUCUUCUUCCAACAAUUCUUCAUUUAUUCACUCAAUACCACUCCCACUUCUUCAGUCUUCACCUUUGUAUCCUCAUCCAUCAUUAAUUACAUCUUCCUCUACCAAUCUUCCUUUGGCUACUGUUCAAGAAUCUAUGAUGGAACUUGUUGGUAAAUUAGGUGAAAAUAUUAGUUUACGUAGAGCUGAUGCUGUUGUACUUCCCGAUAUGAAUGAAAAUUCAAAUGUAAUAAACGACAAAGAUUUUAUAUUGACAGGUGGAUAUGUUCAUGGUGGUGAUUUAUUUACCGGCAAAAUUGGAGGGUUAGUUGUUGUGAAAUUAUCGAGUAAAACCACAAAACAAGGUUCCUCUUUUACGCAUCCUUCUGAGCAAAUAAAUAAAUUAUUAAGAAAUUUAGCUAGACAAAUUGUUGGAUUUAAUCCCCAAUAUAUUAGCGAAAAUAAUGUGGAAGCGAUUCAAUAUGGUAUUAGCAAGGAUGAUUAUAUAAAAGAAAAUGUUUUAUUAAGUCAAGAUUUUAUUAUUGGAGGUGGUAGUGUAAGGGAUGUUUUAGAAAAAGCCGAGAAGGAGUUUGGAAACACAGUUGAAAUAAUUGAUUUUAGAAGAUGGGAAUAUGGAGAGGGAAUUAAGAAAUCAGCUUUUAAGAUAUAA